AUGCAGACGCUACGCAAUCCGCUAUCAAUAUUCAGAGCGCGAUCACGAAGUCGAGAACGAAGCACAUCUCACCGAGCUGUCACUCAAUCGGAAAAGUCGGACAAAUAUCGGUCAGUUGUGUGUUAUAGAUAUGUUACGUGUUGUGCUACUACGUCAUCAAUUCAUCAUAUUUUUUCCAGAAACAGGAACGAAACCACUGAAAAGAAGAGUAUAACCGUCAGUAGUACUAAUGGCACUGAAAAGACAAAAUCCUCAAAAGCGAAUAGUCCGGAAAAGGCUCCGACCCAAAAGUUAUUUGUAAAACGGGACAAGAAUGCUACCGAAUGUCUAGCCGAGACAAAAAUUGAGCGGAAAUCAAUAUGUCGUGAAAAAACACACAAGAGUAUUGUGCUUCCCCAGCCACGCUUUUAUACUUGUGAACGUAUCCAGAAGACCGUAAAGGAGCCAGAACCGAAUUCAGGGAUGAGCAGCAAGAAAUCGACACACUGGUGUUACGUGGCCGCACCAAAGCACAUCACAUUGCAACCGGGUCCGUCUGGCGAAAGGUCAAGUGGUGGAGCAGGCGGUGGUGAUUCGGUAGAAACCAAGUCUGGCAGCAGCAAAAACGGAUUUUCCACUGAAGCUAUGAUUGAGGAGAUUUUCGCCCCAUUGAGAGAGACCAUACAGGAGGGGAUUAAGGAGACACGGCACUUGUCUUCGUCGCCGGAAAAAAUAAAGCUCAAUCACACGCCAUCCACUCGAUUAGAAUUAUGGAAGGCUCAACUUAACUCCAGUGCCUCAACACCUAGAAUUCGAGAUGCUAGUGCUCCAGCUACAGUACAACGCUUAACCAUCAAACCUCAAACUACUCAACUUAACAUUCCUCGUCCCGUUCACACAACUCAAUCCGCUAGUAACGCAUUAGCUACAAUGGAUCAUAGAACAUUGAAAGAUGUCAGUGCUAGAAGACGGUCGGGAACAUGGCAACCAUUCUCUUCAAACACUUAUAAUGCGGAUCGACCUCCAAUAGAUUUUGUCACUUCUCCAAGAUACUCUCACGAAGCUACUCUAUUCCGACCCAUUCCACACCGACCCAAACCUGACUUUAUCAAUCACAAUGACAAUAAUAGACGAUCGUUUAGAAGAGUAGACUCGAUGAUUCUUCGAAGCGAUUCCAAGGACAGCAACGGUUCCUUGUCAGAUCUUCUCAUGAUAUAUCAGGCUAAAGAGACGAAUCGAGAGAUGAACGCGUCCAUCCGGUCGACGGCUAGCAAUUCAUCGUCAUUCCCAUACUUCUCACCGGAACAGAUAAAUCAGCAAAAGACAGUGCUAACCACGCUGUCAUCAUCCUCGUCUGGUAUUCAUGUAACUCCAUCUCCUAGCGAUUCGGGUAUAAUUGAUUAUGAGAAUCUAAUUCGAGAUAAGGAAUUGGAACUACAAGAGAUUCGAAACACAAUGGAACAGAAUGAGGAAAUCAUAAUCAAAGUAUACCAAGAUAAAGAGAGGGCGUGGAAAACUGAGCUGGAAGGCUUGAAGUGUCGAGUUUCGGCUGCUGAAAAGGGCGAAAAGGCUUUAAGAGAGCAACUUUCAAAUUGUCAGAGACAAAAUUCCGCAAUGUCGAGUUGUAUGAGAACUGUGCAGGAGGAGAAGACCAGGCUAAUGGCAAAGUGCAUCCAAUUGGAACGUGAAAUCGACAACUUCCAAAAUGUAUCAGUUCAAUCUGCCAAUUGCCCUAACUGCUCGAAUCCUGUGAAGGAAAAAGAUCUUCGCCAGGAAGUGCAAGACUUACGGCGAGAGGUGGUGAAUUUGAAACAAGUUGUGGAUGACGGAAGACAUUUCAAGACACAAUAA